UUGUAUUUACGACUUGAUUAUUACAAAUUAGUCGGAAGUUCCCAACUGAUAUUAAGUUCCUAUACGUACAACAGAAUAACACUUGAAUUCCAAAAUAAUGCUAGCAAUAAACCAGUCCGAGACUAGAAGUCUCCAGUUCUUGUGCCUGAUUGGGUUCUUCAUGGCAGUAGGUACAACAGCAUUGGCGAACAUGGCGCCUAAAGUCGACAACGAUAGCUGCCAUAAUACGUAUACUCUUCAAGCUGCAGACGCGUCGAACACUUAUACUUCGAGCUACACUUUAUGCGAGCAGACGGCUAAUGACACAAUGAUUGAGCUGACCAUUGAUGAAAAGUUGGAGCGAAUGCAAAUCGAACAAGGUGCCGGGGCAGUAUGUGACAAUUUGGCCCAAUGCUCUGCGAUUGCCGACGACUUAGACUACAUGAAGUGCAUUCGUGAGAUUGGAAACAAGAACUUGGACAUACUUGUUGAGAUUCAUUUUAAUGCUACGAGCGCACACACCCGUCUUCGCACCGACUACGACGAGGUGCACCAGACUUUCCUGCUGUGCACUCUCGAGGCGCAACAGGUCUAUGUGAACAGUGUGCGACUGGCCUACAAUGAACUUUUGGAAUGUCGUGCACAGAUGGAAAACUGUUCGAAUAGCAUAUUUUAAUGUUUAGUAAAUUAACUUAAG